AUGAAACUAUUUUACAAUGCUUAAUGAAAACGAUGUAGAAAUUGAAGAACAUGAACCACAACUUACUUCGUUGGAUCCAAAUGAAAGGAAAUUAGCCAGAAGACUGAGAAUUGAGAGACGAUUGGAAAAUAUACGAAGGUAAAGAGAGAAGAGACAAGCUGCAAGCAUUAAAUCCGUAGAGGAAGAGGAAUCCAAAGGAGAGAUUUUGCUACAGGUCCAGAAGAGCACGGAAAUCUUGGAAAAAUUUAUUCGUGAGGGAGAUGAAUAUAUAACUAACGUUCGCAUUGCUAAUGACGCUAGGGAAGUAGAUAGAAGGGAAUCUGAGGGGAUUGGAAGAGAAAAAGUUAUAGAACAACUGGAAAAUGAAGCUGCAGUUGCACAAGGUAUGUUUGAGGAGAUUGCCGAAAAAUGGUCAAUUAUAGAAAACUACAAAGAUCCCCUUCUUAUUAACGAAGAAGUUCAGACACAAAAGGAAAAAUGUGAUAUGCUGAUUAGGCAAAAGGAUGGCAUCAUCGCCAUGCUUAAGGAAGAGAUAAAAAAUGCUGAAAAGAAUUUCACUAGGGAUCAGAGGAAGCAGAUGGAAGAUAUUAAUAUUCUAGCACAAAGAAUUGAAAAACAGGUAACUUUCAUGCGGCGUGCUUAUCAAAGGGAGUUCGACUUAAUAGAAGAUGUGAUUCUAACGGAGAGAAAAAAAUUGAUAGAUACGAAUCACAAAAAGUGGGAAGAACUCUAUAAGAAGAGGGAACUGCAAGAAAUGGCAAACUCUGAUAAGAAAUUCGAACAACUCGAGGAGUUUAACGAGAGAUUGAACAUGCUGCGCAUAGAAUUCGAGGAAAAGUUCAGAGAGACCUACAUAAAUCUCGAAAACGAUAUAGACACUAUACAGAGGGAGUUGGAGAGGAUCAAAGCUCUGGCCUUACUUAACAGUGAGAAACUGGACUACAACUAUCAGAUUCUGAAGAAAAGGGAGGAUGAAAAUAUUAUUAUAAAAUCUCAGCAGAAGCGGAGAAUAAAUAAACUCCAAGAUGUGAUCAACGAUUUGAGGAAAAAGACCGAGGAUUAUGAAUUCACCACUAAUAAUCUUAUGAAAAAAUUGACAGAAGAUACUAAAAAAUUGCAUAAGAAUAUUCUACUGGCAGAGGAAAAAGCCGACCAUUUUGCCAAAGUAAACAACGAAAAGUUCCAGAAGAUUUGGGAGUUGAAUACGGAGAGCUGCCAAAAGGUGUUGAGGAAGAUUGCUCAGACUGAUAAGAUUUUAUACGAACAGCAAAUGGGGAUCCAGUGGGUACCUCCUAUAUACCAUGUUUUGAAAAUGAAGCAUUUGCAGAGUUUCAAAGAUGCCCUCGUGCUUACAGGUGAAUGUUCAGUGUCUCAAAGCAUUACAAGCACAGUCUCGUCAGCGAUUACACUAGCUAGAGAUAAAAAAGCGGAAGAAUUCCAGUUCAAAUAUUUCGCUGCCUUAAACACUGACGAACUAGACGCCAAUCCAGUAUAUAGAAGGUUGCUGAAAUACAUACUCACCCACGUCUCGGAUAAAUCUGGUUUCUUGACGGAGAAACGACUGAAGGAGCUUUUAAUGCCGUAUGAAGAUGAUCAGAAGACGUUGGUUCGAUUGGAUAACGUCUUUGCUUCUUUAGGUAUCAAUGUAAAAGAAGAUAUAGAUCUGCUGAUAACUUAUUUUAUCCCAUACUCUCAUUGUCCCAUCUGUUCUGCUCAGCCAGAUCUAGGAAUUCAAGCUUCAACGAUUAUGAGAUUUACAUCACAAAUUUCAAAUAUAUCUGGAUUUAGCAGAAAGGAAACGGAAAAUGUAGAUUGUCUCGAGUUGCAGCAGGCGUAUUAUGCCGUUCAGCAACCUGCUCGGCUCAUAGACGAAGUCCUUAAGGAACUAGUGCCUUCGGAAAAUAACUCGGAUGAACAAGAAGCAGACAGUGAAGAUUCACUAGAACAGGCUUGUGGUGGAGCUCCGGACGAUCAAAAUUCUGUUACUCCUAAGGAGAAAAAAACUACCAAAAGGACCUUUGCUGUUGAAGAUAGAUUCGCAUGCGAAUAUAACCAUCAAUUGUUAAUAAGCCCCGUUUAUAUUUUGAGAGCAUUGAGAGAAUUCGUAAUGUCCUAUUAUGAAGAAAAAGAGGGGCUUCCUACCACUGGAGAAAGGCUGCAUAGAAAAAGACAUACAAUUUCUCGAUUGCUAUCAGAAUCUGAUAUAAUGAAAUACUGGGACAGGUUUAAAAAUGUUUAUGAUGCAGAACGAAUUAGAGUUUGGGAUGCAUUGUUUGAAGGACUAAAAAAAUAUCAUGAAAUCCUGAAAGAUCGCAAAAACCUAUGUGAAGAGGUUGUUUCUUUACGCCGGCAAAACAGAGACUUGAAAAGGCUCUUGGCUAACUACUUGGAUCAUGGAGAAAUUAUGUCACCACCUUGUUCUUCCGAAAAUCAACAUUUCAUACAUUCCACUACUCCUCCAUAUGCGAAUAGAAUAAGGGAAUAUAGAAGAGAAAGGGGAAAACAAAGAAAAGAGAACAAAGAGAACAAAGAGGAUAAAGAAAACAAAGAGAACAAAGAGAACGAAGAGAAAGAAAAGAACGAAGAGAACGAAGAGAAGGAAGAGAAUGAAGAGAACAAAGAGAAUAAAGAGAACAAGGAAAACAAAUAA